AUGCCUUUGGCCAAUGAAUGCAGCGCACCUGUCGGAUGGAAGCAUCCGCACCAGCGGUCUCGCUCUUUUGUUUCUUCUGCUCUCUCGUCUCGCGGGCCCUCGCUUCGCGGGGUUCUCCCCUUUGGACCGCGGGGCACAAGCGACAUUUUCUCUCCGUCCUCCGAGGCUUCCCCGAAGAGAAAUUCCAAGAAACUUUUUUCCCCUUCCCCCUCACCCUCCCUUUCGGGUGCCUGCAUCAUUUUUUUUUUGUCAAAACCGGCACAGACUGAGGUCAUGGCAUUUUGGCCUCGAACCCUUGUUCCCUGUCUGACCGCGCCCACCAAACACUCCCAUCACACCCACAUGAACAACCAUGAUCCAGCCCGAGAGGACCCUUCAAAACAUGCAGCCUUCGUGGGGCCACGGCAUGGUAGAAGCGACCGGUGCAGCGAGCAUGGAAGCGAUCUUCGUCCCCCCUCACUCUUCCCUGAACCGGUCCGCCCACCCUUGACCAUCGGCGUUUGCCCUCCAGGGUGGGCUGGCACGGCCGGAAACUGCGCAGUCACGCAGUGA